CACACACACACACACACACCAGCAGCGUGCCUCGCCUCCAUGUUAUGAAAACAGCAGCUCAGAUUAAUGCUUAAACUUGCCCUCUUUAGGUGCGUCUUCUUUAAGACAGACAGGGCAAUGUGCACUCCGUGUCCUAUCUGACCAUAGGACACACCCGCCCUGCCCUGAGGAUCAUGGGAAGUUGGAAGAAGAAGCUUUAGAUUGGAGUGAGUUGUUCAGACAAAGAUGAGCAUGAGGAGAUUUUUCCGAACUCACAGGGAUGAAGACUACAGUCAGAUCCAGUAUCUGACGGCCAAGUGCACCCGCCUGGCUCAUGACAAAGUAAUGCUCGACAAGGAGUUCCUGGUGUCCAGAGACAGGGAGAGGAAGCUGCUGAAUAAUCUGGAAGUUGCGACCGCUCAGCUCCACCACCAGGAGCAGCUGAACAUGGAGCUCAGGAUGAAACAGGACCAACUCAUCGGCAGGAUCCACCAGCAACAGGACCUGGUGGACUUGCUGCAGCAGCGUGUGGUCCUGCUGGCAGAGGAGAGCUCCCGGGACGAGCAGCUGCUGCAGCAGGUCGGCUCAGAGCUGCUGUGUCUGCAGAGCUCCGAGGUGAAGCUGGAGAGCCUGGUGGAGGAGCUGCAUGCUGAGGCCCAUCACAGAGCUGUGGUGGCAGAGAGCCUCCAGGCAGAGCUACGCGCUGAGGCCCAGCACAGAGCUGUGCUGACGGAGAGCCUGGAGAUAGAGCUCCACAGUAAGACGAUGGAGCUGGAGGAGCAACAAGACACCAACAAAAUGCUGAUGCAGGAGCUGAAGGAUUUACGCUCUGCUCAUCAGAAGGAGGUGAGGGAGCUGCAGCAGGAGAACGAGGGGAGUCUGAGGAAACUGCAGGAGACAGCAGAGCAGUUUGAGUGGCUCUGUCAGCAGCAGCGCUACUGGAUGUGCUGUGUCAAGAGAUUCAAAGACUGCCUGAUGGAGGAGAGAGAAGCUCUGCUGCGACAGGUCAUCAUGCUGGAGAAGAAGGCUGAGAAACUGAAGAAGAGUUUACACGAUGACAGUCCCCCAAAGAGCGUCCUCUGUCCCCUCCAGGACACUCAGUGCUGUGACAGCAGUAUAACAUCGUGGGAUGCAGAUGCAGAGGCUGACCUCGAGUCUCAAGUGAAGAAGUCAAACACACUGUACGAGGAGCUCUUUAACCAGGCAGGGAGCCCUAUCAACGGAUACCAAAAACCUCCUUGAGGACAGAAGCCUGGAGCCAGGACUCGUCUACUUUUUCUCUUCCCACCUUCUGCAAAUCAGAGGAUAACUACUAGAUGUUUGUGUAUGUGUGGUUGGCUUUGUGGAAUACUUCCCAGUCAUUGUCAAGAAAGAAAGAAAACUUGGAAAAACAUACCUGUGAAAGCAUACAUUCAUUGUUUUUCUUCCACUAUUGUUCACCUGUCUUGAAAAUAAUCUGCUGUCACAAUAUAUGACUGAAUUAAACACUGUAAGUCUG